AUGGUGCUUAGCGGCCACGGGCCGAGAAAGCAGUUAGCGGAGAAGGCGGCGCGAGUGAUGCAGCUGCUCGACAACGACGUGGACGAAUCGGAUCUCAAACUUCGGGUCACUACCGGGCCGCCUAGACGCGCUCCGGUAGCUGCACAAGCGUCGCCACGUCAGCAACUCUCGAGCCAACGGCGGGGGGGGCCGCGACUCUCAUUGCAACUCUCAGAGGGGCACGAAUGCGACUUACCGACGCCUAAUCAUGCGCGUGCUUCCAACUCAUCGUUCGGGAAGCCCCCCUCGGCCUCGCCGCGUUUGGCGGCUUCUCAGUCAUGUGGUAGCGCGUCGACGGGAUCUCCUGAUGGCUCCCAAUCACGCGGUCAUGGGGUAGCGCUUCGCGUCGACACCCUGGGCCGACACGUCAGCACGAUUCGUCAUUCGGCGAGUACCUCGGUGCUCGAAUCGGCGCCGCUGUCGAGUGUCCGCCGGAGCAGCAGCAGCGGCGGCUUGAGCGGACAAGCAACGAAGACAACCCGACACGGCGAGAACCACCAUCGCGGCGCCGCCGAUGCAACGCACAACGCGGCUGGUGCUACUAAUCCAUCCGCCGCCGCGCGAGCACCGCCGCUCUCGCGCCCGGGCCUAAAAUCCAGCUCGGUGGGCAGCGCGGCUGCGUCGAAUGUCCCUCAAUCCCGUCGGCCGCAGCAUUACGACACGUGGCAUGGCGAGUCGCUCGAUCGCGUGCCGAUUCCGAGGGUGCAGACCGUGGGCUCAGUCGUCGCCGCUCGCUCGUCGCAUCAUCUGUCGCCGCGGGAAUCGCCGCGACUGCAGCUUCACCACCCUGGCGGACAGCGCGCCGAGCCGACCUCUUGCACUCCUCAUAACCUCUCGCCGCGAUCGUCCAGCGGAACCGCCGCGAUUCACGGCACACCGAAGAGCCGAUCAGAUCCUGACUUCGGCGGUGUCGACAAGCGCCCCGUGCUCCAGGCGCCGCUGCGGCAACUUUCAAGCGAUCUGGGGACGAGAGGGCCGACGAGGACGCUGAGCCGUCAGAUCCGGCGUCCAAGUGAUGAUGACGCGCCCGAGCCGUUCGUAACGAACCACCAUGCGUCGCCCGUUGACCACAGCCGCCAACGGUGCGACACGCGCGGCCCCGCUGGGCUCGGCGCCAGCUACGACCAUUUCCCCGCUUCCUCGACCGUGGGAAGGGCGGAAAGGGGACGAAUGAGCGCUGUGGCGCAAGCCUACUCCCCGUUCGACGCCUCCUCGCCUCCCGCUUCCCCUUCCGCUUCCUCCCCCCGCUUCCCCUGCUCCAUCCCCUCGCCUCGGCCCAUCGCGGUGACAUCGCCUGCAGCCUACCAGCAGUCGCCACGUCAGCUAAUGACAUCAACCUCUGUGGGCAGUGGUUCGCCUGGGCCUGCGAGACAGGAGGGGAGAGGCGGCGACGGGCGACACAGGAGCAGCCAACAGCUGAGUUCCUUCGACUCGUGGGACGACAGCGAGCCGCUCUACGACGACCCGACGCUGCAGAUAACCCCCUCCCCUCGCUCACGGCUGGGAUUUUCCGGCCGCCAGCACGCUGAGAUCCAGUUGCAAGAGGGGGACUACCAUGGCGCUGAUGGCAGCGGCACUCCCCCCCUGAAUCGGUGGCUCCCCGACCGCCGCCCUGCGCCCUCGACGUGGCUCCCCGAUUGCCGCCUCCCCCGGCGCUCAGUAUGUGACGAACACAGCGUGCGACACACACCUGGGGGUUCGCAUGGGGGUGCGGGUGUGCACGUGCAGAGGGCGGGGGAGGCGAGCAGUGCAGGAGAGAAUACCUGGUGGGUGGGCGAGGAGGGUGGGGGGAAAGUGCAGGCGGCACCAUGGAAAGAGGAGUUUGGAGAAGAGGACGUUCAUGCAACGAGAGGGUGGCAGGGGGAUUUGCAAGAGGCUGGUUUGGAGCAUGGAGGGACCGAGAGGCGUGGGCCCAUACUGGCGCAAGUGCAGCAUGCAGACUUGGUCCCAGAGCUUGGAGAGAGGCAACUCAGGUGCCAGACCCGAAAGACAGACUCUUUCCAGCGUUGCGCUGCUGCCGGUGAUUCUUUGGAGGGCAGCAAGCAGCAGGCGAGGCCACGGGGGAGGCCGGAUAGCCAGAGAUUAAGUGAAGAUGCUGACGCGGGGGGGGUGAGGGGGAGUGAGAGCAAGGGAAGUUCCAAGAGCAGGGAGAAGCCCAAAAGCAAGCUGCAGCGAUCGCUGAGUGACGAUGAUGAGGAGGAGGAACAGGCCAAGGUUCUUCACCACCCUGGCGGACAGCGCGCCGAGCCUUACAGUCACCUCUCCUCGCAGCGCUCGACCGGCGGAACCGCCGCGGUCCACGGCGCACCGAAGAGCCGAUCGGACCCUCACUUCGCCGCUGUCGACACGCGCCCCGUGCUCCACGCGCCGCAGCGGCAGCCUUCAGGCGACCUGGGGGCGAGAGGACCGACGAGGACGCUGAGCCGUCAGAUCCGGCGCGCGCCAGAUGAUGACCUGGGCGAGCCGUUCGUGACGCGGACCCACCACGCGUCGCCCGUUGAUCACAGCCGUCAGCGUUGCGAUGGGCGCGGCCCCGCUGGGUCGGGCGGCAGCUUCGAUGAUUUCCCCGCGUGCUCGACUGUGGGAAGGGUGGAAAGGGGACGACGGUGCGCUGCGGCGCAAGCCUGCUCCCCCUUCGACGCCUCCUCGUCCCCCACAUCCCCUUCCGCCGCCUCCCCCCGCUUCCCCUGCUCCAUCCCCUCGCCUCGGCACAACCCGGUGACAUCGCCUGCUGCCUACCAGCAGUCGCCACGUCAGCUACUGGUGUCAACCUCUGUGGGCAGCGGUUCGCCUGCGCCUGCCAGGGGGGAGAGGAGGGGCGGCGACGGCCGACACAGGAGCAGCCAGCAGCACAGUUCCUGCGACUCGUGGGACAACAGCGAGCCGAUCUACGACCACGACGACCCAAUGCUGCAAAUAUCACCUUCCCCUCGGUCACCGAGAGGUUUCUCCAGCCCCCAGCAUGCAGAGUUCCAGUCAGACUCGGAGGAGGAAGAGGACUGCCGUGACGCUGGCGGCAGCGGGACUCGCCGCCCCCUGUCUCGGUGGCGCUCUCACUCUCUCGCGGAAGAUCCCAUUGAGGAGGAUCCCACUGCGCGCCGCGUGCACACUCUCGACCGCCGCCCUGUGCCCUCCCAGUCGCUCCCUGACUGCCGCCUCCCCCGGCGCUCGUGUGACGAGCGCAGCAUGCGACACACACUGGUGGAUAAGCAUGGGGGUACGGGUGUAGAUAUGCGGAGGUCGGGGGAGAAGAUUGGUGCGGGAGAGAAGGCACGGUGGAAGGGGGAAGACUCCUCAGAGAGUGGAGAGGAGGACGUGGAGGCAAUGGGAGAGUGGCAGAGGGAAGUGCAGGAGGCUGGUUUGGAGCGUGGAGAAAAAGAGAGGCGUGGCCCAACACUGAAGAGAAUGCAGGGUGGGAUGGACAUUCACCAGACCCGAUAG